CCCAACCUGCACAACUUGUGGCAGCCUGCAGAGGACCAAGGGGACUGAUACUUCAGCAGGCCUGUGCCCGUUUGCAGUUCAGGGGCUGGAAAGCUCUCCUCUGGAGAGGGGAAGGACUCCUCCUGGGGUGGCGGAUGAGAAAGACCUUUAGAGAACAGGUGGCACUUGAGCCAGACCCUGAAACGUAAGGGGAGGAGGGCGUUCUGCAGGGGGUGGCGUGAGCAAAGGAGUGGAGGCCGAUCUCAGCAGAGCUCAAACGAACUACGGAGACUGGGCUCAGGGGAUCUGGGCUCGGGGGAUUCUGGUGGGCACUGAGCCCCGAGCCAUGAUGAAGACCUUGUCCAGCGGGAACUGCACGCUCAGUGUGCCCGCCAAGAACUCAUACCGUAUGGUGGUGCUGGGUGCCUCUCGGGUAGGCAAGAGCUCUAUCGUGUCUCGCUUCCUCAAUGGCCGCUUCGAGGACCAGUACACACCCACCAUCGAGGACUUCCACCGCAAGGUGUACAACAUCCGCGGCGACAUGUACCAGCUCGACAUCCUGGAUACCUCUGGCAACCACCCCUUCCCUGCCAUGCGCAGGCUCUCCAUCCUCACAGGGGACGUCUUCAUCCUGGUGUUCAGCCUGGAUAACCGGGAGUCCUUCGAUGAGGUCAAGCGCCUCCAGAAGCAGAUCCUGGAGGUCAAGUCGUGCCUGAAGAACAAGACCAAGGAGGCGGCGGAGCUGCCCAUGGUCAUCUGUGGCAACAAGAAUGACCACGGCGAGCUCUGCCGCCAGGUGCCCACCACCGAGGCCGAGCUGCUGGUGUCGGGCGAUGAGAACUGCGCCUAUUUCGAGGUGUCAGCCAAGAAGAACACCAACGUGGACGAGAUGUUCUACGUGCUCUUCAGCAUGGCCAAGCUGCCGCACGAGAUGAGCCCCGCCCUGCACCGCAAGAUCUCCGUGCAGUACGGUGAUGCCUUCCAUCCCAGGCCCUUCUGCAUGCGCCGCAUCAAGGAGGUAGACGCCUAUGGCAUGGUCUCGCCCUUCGCCCGCCGCCCCAGUGUCAACAGUGACCUCAAGUACAUCAAGGCCAAGGUCCUUCGGGAAGGCCAGGCCCGCGAGAGGGACAAGUGCACCAUCCAGUGAGCAAGGGAUGCUGGCAUGGGGCUUGGGCUGUGCCUUCAGGGAGGUGGCCCCAGAUGCCCGCUGUGCACAUUGCCCCACCGAGGCCCCCGUAGCAGGCUUGUUCACAGACCUUGGUACCAGACUGGAGGCCCCCAGGCACUUGCCUCCGCAUAUCCAUCUGCCUUCUCACAGCGUUCCCGAGUCUCCUUGUCCACAGCUCCUUGGUGGUUCAGCUCCUCUAUGGGAAGACACAUCUCUGCAGCCUAAAGAGUUACGCAGAGACCCGAGUUACGCUUUCCUCUCCUGAGGUUGGAAGAAACGCUGAUUCCAGAGGGGUGAGGAUUGCUGCGUCAAAUGGAACGUCCUGGGACAAGAACCAGGAUGGAAAGGACACCGGGACCCAGAUAGGAGAGGUCUCCUCUCUCCUGGCAUAAGACCCAGCUUGGUUUGGGUGGCAGCUGAGAGAACAUCUCUCUUAGCCCCGCAACUCCUGCCCUCCGGUUCAGCUGCCUCUGCACCCCUCUUCUACCCCCAGCUCACACACAAGAUGCCCCCAGCUACCCCUGACAUUGAGCCAGUGGUGGCUGUGUGUUUGAAGGGGGCAUGGCCACAUCCAGACCACGCCCACCUCCUGCCCGAGUUCCUCAGCCUCCCCUCCCCGGUCCUUCCUCUCCGAGGUCCCUCCCCCCGACAGUUGUGCUUUGUUGUGGUUGCAGCUGUUUUCAUGUCAUGUAUAGCAGUAGAAAUGGAAAUCAUUGUACUGUAAAAGCCUAGUGACCCCCUCCUUGGCCAGGCGCUCAUCCAGUUCAGAUCCACGGCCUCCACCAGGGAUGCCUCCUCCGCUCCCAAACAGGGUUCCCAUGGUCUGUCUGCAGCUAGAUAUUGACCUCUGCCAUUGAGCUCUACAGUUUACAGACGAUUGCACGAGAGUGGGGCAGACAGGCCACAGCUGCUUUUUUAUGUGAAAUGCUCCCAUUUCACAGAGGGUACCACCAGGCAAGGACACAGCCCGGUGGGGACAGGAUGAGCCCCAGGCCUCACCCCUGCCCCCCAGCAAGUUCAGGGUACAGCUCCACCUAGAACCAAGCUGUCCUCUACUGUUCUUGUUACUCAAGCAUUUAUUAAGCACCUACUGGGUGCUGGGUUCACUGUGUCCUAGGAAACCAAGAGGGUCCCCAGCACUGGCCCCUGCCCACCCCUGCUGUCCCACCACCCUCUGCACACACACUGGUGAGGGGGCAGGGAGGAGCAGCUGGGACUCAGGACUGAGCCAGGGAGGGCUCCAACAGAGAAGCUCAGGGUGGGUCUUUUCCUUGUGCCCGGGAUUGGGCUGUACUGGGUUUCGAACCCAUAAACCAAAGGCCCUUCUCAUCAGCUCUUAACAAGCAUAUUUUGUAUUUUAAUCUCUCUAAAUGUAUUGAAGUUUUAGGGCCCUAAGGAACCUUAGUGAGUAUCUAAUGGGUCUUUCUGAGGUCCAGAGAGGGUAAGUAACUUUCCCCAGGUCACACAGCAAGUCUGUGGGUGGCAGAAGCAAGCUAGCACUGGGCAUUCAGUACAUACCGUGAUGUGCCCCCUCUUGAUGCUUGGUCCCUGGGGUCUUCAGGGCUUUGGGACAUCUUGUCCUCAACUCUCUCCCUAGCUCAGUCUGUGAGGGUCCCUGUAGUUACUGUGUACACCAUGCUCAUGUAUAUACAAGUACACACAGAUGUACACAUGCCCUGGCCCCUGCCUGUGUACCUGCACCUGCAACCCAGCUCUGGCCCCAGCUCUGCGUACCUGCACCUGCACCCCAGCCUUGGCCCUGCCUGCGUCUGUGCCCAAAGCAGCAGCUCCGACCCUGCCUCUGUCCCCUGCUCCACCCCCUGCCCGAGCUCUCCGAGCAGGCCGGGCACCCUGGCUGCACAGGUGUGUGGUGUACUCACCCAGGCACACCCUGCCGCCAUGGAUCUCCAUGUACACUAUCAAUAAAAGUGGGUUUGUUACAAA